AUGUUUUUAACAAGGCGUCUACUGGGCACGUUCCGAAGUGCCAUUGCCAGGAAAUUAGAACAUUACAGUCAAUUUCAACCGUCCUCUUUAACGAUACAACAAUAUUUGGAUUUCGGACGAACCGGUACCAUGCAGUCAUCGUUUUUAUUUCUUAAGAAUGAGUUGCUUGUAAGACUGGCGAAUAUUAUGCAGGAGAUUGAUCUACUGCCACCGAAUCUUUUGAAAAUGCCUUCAGUUCGUCUUGUUAGCGAUUGGUACUGUGAAAGUUUUGAGGAUCUAUUAGAAUACGAAAAUUCGAAAAGUGAUCCUGAUACAAUGUCAAAGUUCAAUGAUCAAUUGCAAAAAAUUUUAAAAAGACAUUCGAAUGUUGUGCAAACAAUGGCUGAAGGUUUGAUUGAACUGAGAGAAAGUGAAGGAGUUGAUAUAGCAUCCGAGCGCGGUAUACAAUAUUUCUUGGAUCGAUUCUAUAUCAAUAGGAUAUCUAUUCGAAUGCUUCAAAAUCAACACCUGGUGAUAUUCGGCGUGGUGCUGCCAGAAAGUCCUCAACAUAUAGGCUGUAUUGAUCCAUUGUGUGAUGUUGAGACGGUCGUGAAAGAUGCUUACGAGAAUGCUAGGUUCCUUUGCGAAAGGUACUAUUUGACAUCACCAGACAUAAAUCUUGACUUACAUAAUAUGGUUAAUCCGGGUCGACCGAUAACGAUUGUUGCCGUACCGUCACAUUUAUAUCAUAUCAUGUUUGAGUUAUUCAAGAAUUCAAUGCGUGCCACCGUCGAAAAUCACGGAGUUGAUGAAGAAUUGCCAGCCGUCGAAGUGAAAGUUGUGAAAGGUGCUGAGGAUCUCUCGAUUAAGAUAAGCGAUCGAGGAGGUGGAGUGUCGAGAACAAUUUUGGAUCGUUUAUUCAAUUAUAUGUACACUACAGCUCCACCGCCACCUCGUGACGGCACACAAGCACCCCUUGCAGGAUAUGGGUAUGGAUUGCCUUUAUCACGACUUUAUGCACGUUAUUUUCAUGGUGAAAUGUUUUUGGUUUCGAUGGAGGGAUAUGGCACUGAUGCGAUGAUAUUUUUGAAGGCACUUCCGGUUCAAGCAAGUGAAGUGUUGCCCAUAUAUAGUUCAUCAUCACGAAGACAGUUGACGAUGAGCCCUCAGGUUGCCGACUGGUCUCAUCCUCUGCCCAAUCAUGGCAAUCGUAAAUCAUGA